AAAUCAAAACAGGAAAAAGAAAUUGAAGAAAAACUAAAAAAUGAAACAAUAAUACAAAAGAUAAUAAACCCUUCUUCUUUUUUCCUGGAUUGAUUCCUUUAAUCCCAGGAAAAAUAAUAAUCAUCAGGAGUCUUUGGCAAUGUUUGAGUUCCCAUGGGAGUAUAGAGAUGGAUUAGGUUAAUCCCAUUUUACUUCAAAGAACAGACGAAAAAGAAAAUUAGCCUUUUCAGGCGUACAGGAGAGCUGUUUGUUGUUUUUUAAAAAAUUUCUUUUUUCGUCUUCCUUUGUUUUCCUGUACGCCUCCAUUGAAGGUUUCUUGACUGUUUUAUUUUUCCUGGGAUUUUGGACUCUCUCCAUGAAAAACAUGAACUAUAUUGUGAUUUCAGUUGUUGGGUUUUCUCUCAUUUUCAAUGCUGUUCUUGUUUCAAGCCAGUCUUUGGCUAUUGAUUGUGGGGCAAAGGGAGGCAAAGAUGAAGAUGGAAGAACAUGGGUAGAAGAUUCCAAAUAUCUGGCUUCAUCUGGAGAUUCAGUUCAAGUUCAAGCUGGAUAUCAAGACCCUUCUCUUCUUUCGACGGUGCCGUAUAUGAAUGCCAGGAUCAUCAAAUCCCCAGCAACCUACAAGUUCUCCAUCAAAUCAAAGCAGCGUUACCUUCUCAGGUUCCAUUUUUAUCCUUCCACUUACGCGAAUUUCAACGUCUCCAAUUCCUACUUCGCCGUCACCGCCGGAGAUCUCAAGUUAAUGAACAAUUUCAGUGCCGCCAUCACAUGUCAAGCGCUCACACAGGCUUAUAUCGUCAAGGAGUAUUCCUUGGCACCUUCGGAUUCCGAAUCUUUAGAGAUCACUUUCACACCUUCGGCUAACUAUUCCAACACUUUCGCUUUCAUCAACGGGAUCGAACUGAUCGCGAUGCCGGACUUAUUUGGGAUGAUGAGUUUGAUAGGUUACGGUAACGACAUUAAUGGCGGGAACGUCAUCGACGCCUCGUUGGAGAAUAUGGAGUUGAUGUUUAGGCUGAAUGUUGGUGGACAAACCAUUCCUCCGGGUAAAGAUGUUAGUGGCCUUUUGAGAAGUUGGUUCUAUGAUGAGCCUUAUAUUUUUGGUGCUUCCAUUGGAGUCACUAAUCAAGCUGCUAAGGAUGUUCGGAUCGAUUACCGGAACGUGUUGACGGCUUCGGCUCCGGAAGAUGUUUACAGGACAUCAAGAUCAAUGGGGAGGGAUAAUAAGAUGAACUUGAUGCACAACCUGACGUGGGUGUUCCAUGUUGAUCCCAAUUUCACAUAUAUGGUGAGACUGCACUUCUGUGAGUUUCAAUUCGAGAAGGACAACAUGAGAGCUUCCAAGUUUUACAUCAAUAAUGAUACAACUCAAUCCGAGGGACUUGAUGUGAUUGCUUUGGCAAAGGGAAAGGGGGUUCCAUUGAUCAUAGAUUACGGAAUAGCUGUCACUAAUGACAGCAUAAAGCUUGAAGGGGUCCCAUCUACGGAAUCAAAGCCACAGUUUUAUGAUGCUUUUCUCAAUGGACUCGAGAUUUUCAAGUUAAAUGAUGGGACCAAGAGUUUUGCGGGAAAAAAUCCCGAACCUUCCGAGAUGAUGCUUCAAACCGAGAACGAGGCUAGGUCCUUUUCUGAGCCCAAGACCGAUUACGUUGUCGUCGGAGCUACCGGCGGGGUGGCUGCGGCUUUUGUCGCCGUUGCUCUAUUGCUUUUCUUCUACACAAAGAAGAGAACAGUCCAUGGUGUUGAAACACAUUCCUCUAGUUGGCUACCGGUUUAUGGCAACUCCAGUGUUGGAGGAAGCAAAUCCAAUAGUAACAAUCUUGCCACACUGGCUCAAGGUCUUUCUCGCCAUUUUUCCAUAUCCGAAAUCAAGAAGGCCACCAAGAAUUUUGACGAAUCUAAUGUCAUCGGUGUCGGAGGGUUCGGUAAGGUGUAUAAAGGAGUUGUCGAUGGAGGUACUAGCGUGGCGAUUAAACGAUCGAAUCCGUCGUCGGAACAAGGAGUGAACGAAUUCCAAACUGAGAUCGAGAUGCUUUCAAAGUUGAGACACAAGCAUUUGGUGUCUUUGAUUGGUUUCUGUGAAGAUGGUGGCGAAAUGUGUUUGGUUUACGAUUACAUGGCCCGUGGUACUUUCAGGGAACACAUUUACAACAACAAGAAACCGAAUUCGAAUCUGUCGUGGAAACAGAGGCUUGAAAUCUGUAUCGGAGCAGCCAGGGGACUUCAUUAUCUCCACACGGGAGCUAAGUACACCAUCAUUCACAGGGACGUCAAGACCACAAACAUUCUCUUGGAUGAAAAAUGGGUUGCCAAAGUCUCUGACUUCGGCUUGUCGAAAACCGGUCCCGACUUGAACCAAGGCCAUGUGAGCACAGUGGUGAAAGGUAGCUUUGGUUACUUGGACCCCGAAUACUUCCGAAGGCAACAACUGACAGAGAAAUCCGACGUUUACUCCUUCGGCGUUGUUUUGUUCGAGGCAUUAUGCUCUCGACCGCCUCUCAAUCCUAGUCUUCCUAAAGAACAAGUCAGCCUUGCAGAUUGGGCACUUCGUUGUUGCAGCCAAGGAACUCUAGAAAGCAUCAUUGACCCUAACUUGAAAGGCAAAAUCGAUCCGGAAUGUCUAAAGAAGUUUACAGAGACGGCGGUGAAGUGCUUGUCCGAUCAAGGGAUUGAUCGUCCUCACAUGGGGGAUGUGUUGUGGAACCUCGAGUUCGCUCUCCAACUGCAAGAAACAGCGGACAAUACGAAAGGCGGAUCGAGCAGGGGGAGCGAGCAAGGAAGUGUCCAUUCAAGAGAUGAUAGUAGUGUAGGACACCGAAGAGAACCGAGCGGGCAUAGUCUUGGCAAUGAAGUAGAACUGAAUGAAGGGAAGGAUGAAAGUGCCAUCUUCACUCAACUUGCAAAUCCAGCAGGGAGGUAGAGGGAAACUGCUAAAGGCCAAUUAACAAAGGAAGCCAUAGAACUCAAGCAUUACAAAACCCAAAAAAAAA